ACUACCGUAUGUUCUAUGCACUGGUAGUUAAUGACAUCUUACCUAUAUACAUUCUCUUUCGCCUGUUUUGACUUUGUGCACAUAUUGAGGAUCCGCGACUGACUUAAAAGAACAGUAAGAACAGUAGGAUAUAUCUAAAAAUGGAUAACAGCCCUGGAGGUGUUAUAUUAUAUGCUGGCUCAAAUGGAAGUGCUAGUCCAAACCCAGGAAGUCCAUCCAGUGGGUACCAGACCCAGUCACCUUCUACUCAUUCCCAGCCCUCAUCCCCAGAAGAGGUCACCUUUACUGAAAUUGAAGCUCUAAAACAGCGAGGCAGUGUGGGGACUCCCACCUCUCCUAAACUGUUUUUUCAGUUCCCUGAGACCUACAACAACUCAACAACAGCCUCCAACCAGAACACUUACUCACACCCAAUCGCAGGAAAGAGGCCCUGUGGCUUCACUGGCACAUUCACAAAAACAGGAGGCAUGGUCCUACUGUGUAAAGUAUGUGGUGAUAUUGCUUCAGGCUUCCAUUAUGGUGUGCAUGCAUGUGAAGGCUGCAAGGGUUUCUUCCGUCGCAGCAUUCAGCAGAAUAUCAACUACAAAAUGUGCGUGAAGAAUGAGAACUGCCUAAUCAUGCGCAUGAAUCGCAACCGCUGCCAGCACUGCCGCUUCAAGAAAUGUCUGGCUGUAGGCAUGUCCCGUGAUGCUGUGCGUUUUGGCCGCAUCCCUAAGCGUGAGAAGCAGAGGCUGCUGGAUGAAAUGCAGAGCUAUAUGAACAGCCUCAAUGAGUCAGCCAGCAUAAACAUGGUCUCUUCACCUUCCCAUGAGGCUUCACCCAGUCCAGCAGAGAUCCAACAGAAAGAACCCGUUGGUUCCAUGGCCCAAGCCUAUCAAGACAUCUUCCCGAAUGCCCCUGACCACCUAAACAAGAGAGCAACUGGUAUUAACAGCAACAGCAACCUGCCAACUUCUUCUCAGAGCAACACUUCUCAGAAAAGCAGCUUCCCUAAUAUUAGCCCUCCUGCACCAUACCACUCCAAUGCACCUGUGGGUUAUAUUUUACCUGGCAUCUGCCCUAGGCAACAGAUGGCCAAUGACAAGAAAUGCCAGGUUUCUUCAGUAGACAAUGGUCACUAUAAAAACCCUGCUGCUUCCAAUGAAAAAACAUAUCAGUCUUCAUUGAGCCCACCUCCACAUGUCAGUUAUGGAAGCUGCUAUGCAGCUGGUGAAAUCCAGACACAGACAGCAUGUCCAUGGAAGCUGGCAGCGGGCUCCAAAGUACUGGCCUGCCCUUUAAAUUCAUGCCCAGUUUCAGCACCAGGGAUCUCAAGCCAGCAGGUAUGGGAGUCUUUCUCUCAGUGUUUUACCCCUGCAGUGCGAGAGGUGGUGGAGUUUGCUAAGGGAAUCCCUGGCUUUCAAGACCUCUGCCAGCAUGAUCAGAUCAUGCUGCUGAAAGCGGGCACCUUCCAGGUGCUGAUGGUGAGGUUCUGCUCACUCUUUAACCCAAGGGAUCGGACAGUAACAUUCCUGAAUGGACAGACUUAUCCUCUGCCUGCUCUGCAAACCCUGGGCAUGGGCUCACUUCUUAAUGCCAUGUUUGACUUCUCUGAGAAGCUGGCCUCCCUUAGCCUGGAAUCUGAUGAGAUAGCACUUUUCAUGGCAGUGGUGCUGGUCUCUGCAGAUCGGACUGGUGUGGCAGACACAGCAGCUGUGGAGCAGCUACAAGAGAGUCUGAUCCGGGCGCUGAGAGCCUUGGUUUACCGUCGUCAUCCUGAUGACGGCACACUUUUUCCCAAGCUUCUGCUGCGUCUGCCUGACCUACGCACCCUCAACAACCUGCACUCGGACAAGCUGCUUAACUUUCGCAUUGAUCCAUGAGCAGUCAACAUCAACCAACACAUCAAAGAAACCAAUAGGAGUCCGGUUUCUCUGUUUUUUUCUCCUAGGAGAAGAGACGAACAGUUGAUCAUUUUAGGAGCAUUUUAUCAUGUGUUAACAUUGCACAUGUGUUAAAAUUUGCACUAGCUGCUGUAAAUUUUGUCUUUGGUUGAUUUGGUGUUACAACGAGCACUUGGACUUAAAAUUAUGGUUGCCUCAGCUGACAAGGUUUUCAAAUCUCACCUCUCCAAGUUGUGUUUCUUUACACAAUGUUCAAGACUAUUGGCACACUCCAAUCACUCAAAAUGCUUUUCCAAGAAGCUUGGCUUUCAUAUCAUUACUAUGUAUGUACUAUGUCAAGGAACUUUCCAAGACCAAAAACUAAUUGUGUCCUGUUUGGGCCAUUCCUUAUGUCUUUUUCCAGCACAUAAGAAUAAAGAAAUAAAGUAUAGGGAAUUUGUAAGACUGAAUAUUUAAGUGUAUGUGCCUGUGUGUUAGUAAAAUGGAAAAAUACCAUGUACAGAACAUAAAUAUUACAAUCUAUAAUGUCACGUAAGACUGCAGUUAUUCAACAUAUAUGUAUUUUUAGUGUUAGAGUAAUAUCAUAUAGCAGUUUCAUGCAUAAGCACUCGAGUUAGCUCUUUAACAGUUAUACACUUUUAACAAAAAUGAUAUCUGUUCAUUUCUUGGGUAAAGAAACUUUUAUUUUGUUUUUAUAUUUUUAAUAGCUGAAUUGUUUAAUCUUUAAUCUCGGGAAACAAAACCAGCAGCCACCCUAAACCAAGCAUGUUUUGUAGCUGCUUAUGUUUUCAGUUUUCUUGCUGUAAAUAUAAUAUGCAGGUAUGUUGGACUGACAUGGAUUAACAAAACAAUAUACAUACAUCAGAGUUAUUCUGGGCAAGUUAUGUCUGAUGGUGGCAGGAGUUUUGGUGCCUUCUGAAGAAAUAUUGUGGUUGUGGUUGUUUGUGGAAAAGAACUGUCGCCAGAUGUGCUGAAAUCAUGAAAGAUCAGAUUACACCAGCAGAGAUCUUACACAGCCUUUACUGAGAUUUAGAGGUUUUAUCAGGAUAUGAGAAUGUGGAUUAUUUUGACUGCUUGAAAAAUUGGUUGUUAAUGCAACAUUUUCUGAUCAUGUAUAAUGUAAAUAUUUUGUAAAUUAUUUCCUUCCACAAA